AGGGAAACAAAACUGAGAACAUAAAAGAAAGCUCUCUUUCUGCGUGUGUUCUGUGUCUGUGUCCGUGUGUGCAUGUUAGAUAAGGUGAGGUUGGGGGACGACAUCGAUGGCAAUUCAUCAGUUUCAAGCUGCGAAUUGGAAUGCGUCUUUCAGGCCUUCAACAUCGCUUCCCCAAGCUCACUUUCAAAAUCUCAAGCCUAUCAUUCACUCCUCCUCUUCGGUAUUUGUGAAGCCAAGGACAUCUUCCAUUUUCACUGCUCGCUCAGGCUCUGAGUUCAAACUCCGCCACCCCUCCAGAAAGUUCCAACUCUCUGUUUCAGCCGCCGCCGAAUCUGUAGUGGCUGAAGAGUACCCCGUCGAUGAUGUUACCUCCGGAACCCCUUCAGAAAAUAAAGAGAAGCUUGGAGUGGUUGUGAAGCCAUUAAAGAAACCAAGGCUUGUAUUGAAAUUCAUUUGGAUGGAGAAGAAUAUCGGCAUUGGACUUGACCAACUGAUACCUGGUCAUGGCACAAUCCCUCUAAGUCCCUACUACUUCUGGCCCAGGAAAGAUGCUUGGGAGGAGCUCAAGGUGCUCCUUGAAAGCAAGCCCUGGAUAUCUCAAAAGGAGAUGAUUAUUCUUCUCAAUCAGGCUACUGACAUCAUCAACUUGUGGCAGCAAAGUGGGGGCAAUUUGACAUAAGCAGCCAUGUAGAAAAUUUUGAUUUUUCCUCGCUUUUUCAUGGAGCUAGUAUUUCAAUUGUGUUCUAUUUUGUAUGAAACAUGUCUUUUUUUUUUUUUUUUUUUGGGGUAUAUUUGUUUGAUUAUGUAGAUUGCAUAUGUCAAGAGCUUGUUUACAUAGAAAAUUGCUUGUUUCUUGUUGAUGCAAUUUAACAUUUUGGAGUUGGUUUAAACUGGUAUGCCACUUAAUCAACGAUUCAAAUUCCCUUUUGGGUUUGUAGUUGCAUCAUUAUGUAUAGUAUACUCUGGUAUUCAUCCAUUAGAUUCUUAUGAAAGUCAAACCAUGAGUGUUAGACCA